AUGAUCGAAAACAACCAAAGAUGGCGCAAUGUACGAUGCUUUCUCGAACGACCUGGACCGUUCCAACGUGCCGGAUUUGAGCCCUCUCCAGAUUUGUUGGAACUGGUUCAAACCCAUGUCAAACUGCUGGUGAUAGGUGCUGGAGGGCUGGGAUGCGAGCUCUUAAAGGAUCUGGCCAUGAUGGGCUUUACGCAAAUAGACGUUAUCGAUAUGGAUACGAUCGACAUUUCUAAUCUAAACAGGCAAUUUUUAUUCAGACCACAGGAUGUUGGAAAACCGAAAGCUGAAAUUGCCGCCGCCUACAUCAGGCAUCGUGUGCCAGAUUGCAAUGUUACUCCGCAUUUCAAAAAAAUUCAAGAUUUUGAUGAAUCUUUUUAUCGUCAGUUCAAUGUUGUCAUAUGUGGGUUGGAUUCUGUUAUUGCCAGGCGCUGGAUCAAUGCAAUGUUGGCUAGCCUUGUUGUGUUUGAUUCUGAUGGUAGACCCGAUCCGAACACGGUCAUUCCUCUCGUUGAUGGGGGCACCGAAGGUUUCAAAGGUCACGUCUUGGUCGUUCUUUAUGGACUAACCGGAUGUCUGGAGUGCAGUUUGGACCUGUAUCCCCCUCAAGUGAAUUUUCCAUUAUGCACCAUUGCUCACACACCUCGUCUACCGGAGCAUUGUAUCGAGUAUGUCAGGGUGUUGCUUUGGCCCAAAGAAAAUCCUUUCGGAGAAAAUGUUGCGAUAGAUGGGGACUGUCCCGAGCAUAUUCAGUGGAUUUUCCAGAAAGCGCUGGAUCGUGCUCAGCAAUUCGGCAUUGACGGCAUUACUGUGCGUCUGGUACAAGGUGUUGUGAAACGAAUCAUUCCCGCAGUGGCCUCAACGAAUGCAGUCGUAGCAGCGGCCUGCGCUACAGAAGUUUUCAAAUUAGUCACAUUUUGCUACGAUUAUCUGAACAACUAUAUGAAUUUCAACGACCUGGAUGGGGUUUACACCUACGGUUUUCUGGUGGAGCGCAAGCCCGACUGUCUGGCUUGCAAUAAUGUACCCAAAGAAAUUACCUUCUCUGCAUCCAACACUCUCGGUGACGUGAUCAGUCGAUUCACGGACAGUGCAGAGUAUCAAAUGAAGUCACCCAGCGUGACCACAGUGACAGAAUCGGGAAACAAAUCCCUGUUUAUUGACCUACCCGAAUUGGCCGUGGUGUUAAAACCUAAUUUAACCAAAUCUUUGCGAGAUCUCGGUUUGUGCAAUGGGCAGAUGCUUAACGUCAGUGAUUCCACAACUCCCCGAACUCUUUCGUUUCGCCUACGCUUGGAAGAGCAACAAGAGGCCACGCCAACCGAAUGA